CUCCGCCGUCCCACAUGGGCCGACUGACCUCGCUAAGUGCCAUAAAGGAAGUCAUUAUUUCAUGCUUUUGACUGUUUUAAGAAAGCCAAUCUGAAGGUCAGAAAAUAAAAGACAUAAUGGAUAUGUCAAAUCUGAGUACGGUCUUAGAAAAGACCAUCUCGCCAGAUAAUCAAGAACUCGAAGCCGCUCAACAAUUCCUUGGCCAAGCAGCACAGGAAAAUUUGCCAAAAUUACUGCAAGAACUAUCACAGAUCUUGAAAAAUGGUGGAAACGGCGCAGUCGCAAGAACUCAAGCUGGUCUUCAACUUAAGAAUUUCCUUUAUUCAAAAGACGCUGCUACGAAAACAGUGUAUCAACAGAGAUGGCUGGCACUACCAGAAGAAACCAGGAAUGUUGUCAAAGAAAACAUUUUAGCUACAUUAGGAACAGAAACAGUUAGACCAAGUUCAGCAGCACAGUGUGUAGCUAAUGUGGCAUGUGCAGAACUUCCGCAUAAUUUAUGUCCAAAUUUGAUAGCACAUUUGACUGGUAACAUUACAAACCCUGACAGUACGGAGAUGAUGAGAGAAGCAACACUAGAAACAAUUGGUUAUAUCUGUCAAGAUAUUGAUCCUGAUCUGUUACAAAGUCAAUCUAAUGUUAUAUUAACAGCGAUAGUCCAUGGUAUGAAGAAAGAAGAGUCAAGUAAUCACGUCCGCCUCGCAGCUACCACAGCCUUGUUAAACUCACUGGAAUUUACACGAGCUAAUUUCGAUAAAGAGAAUGAACGCCAUUUUAUAAUGCAAGUUGUAUGUGAAGCCACACAAUCAACAGAUACACGAGUUAGAGUUGCUGCCCUUCAAUGUUUGGUGAAAAUUAUGUCAUUAUAUUAUAUUUAUAUGGAACAUUAUAUGGGCCCAGCCCUUUUCGCUAUAACAAUGGAAGCUAUGAAAUGUGAUGUAGAUGAAAUAGCACUUCAGGGUUUUGAGUUUUGGUCAACUGUCUGUGAUGAAGAAGUGGAUUUAGCCAUAGAAUUAUCAGAAGCUGCAGAACAAGGAAAACCCCCUGAAAAUACAAGUCGUUUCUACGCUAAAGGAGCUUUACAGUAUUUAAUCCCUAUUUUAUUAACAGCGCUCACAAAACAGGUAGGGGAGGAAGAAUUUGACAGUGAUGAUGAAUGGAAUCCAUGUAAAGCUGCUGGUGUUUGUUUGAUGUUGAUGGCCACGUGUUGUGAAGAUGAUAUUGUCGGACAUGUUUUACCAUUUGUACAAGAAAAUAUACGAAAUCAAGAUUGGCGAUAUCGAGACGCUGCUGUUAUGUCACUUGGUUCUAUAAUAGAAGGACCUGACCCAGCGAAAUUAAAACCAUUAAUGGAACAAGCUAUGCCCAUGUUGAUCGAACUAAUGAAAGAUCAGAGUGUUGUAGUUCGAGAUACGACAGCCUGGAUGUUCGGUCGUGUUUGUGAGAUUUUACCUGAUGCUGUGAUUAAUGAACAAUUCCUUAGUCAUCUACUCCACGCUUUACUCGAGGGGUUAGAUGGAGAACCAAGAGUAGCUAGUAAUGUCUGCUGGGCAUUUUCAAGUUUAGCAGAAGCUGCAUACGAAGCAGCAGAAACUAACGCAGAAGAAGGUCAUCCGGAAACUUAUUGUCUUUCAACAUAUUUCGAAUCGAUCGUUGGCAAACUUUUACAGACUACAGACAGACCUGAUGGAAAUCAACAUAAUUUAAGAAAUGCAGCAUAUGAGGCUUUGAUGGAAAUGGUUAAAAAUAGCCCAAAGGAUUGUUAUGUUAUUGUACAGAGUACUACUAUGAUAGUUUUAGAAAGAUUACAGAAAGUUUUAGCCAUGGAAUCGGCCGUACAAUCGAGUAAUGAUAGAAAUCAGUUUAAUGAUUUACAGUCCUUACUAUGUGCCACAUUACAGAGUGUAUUACGUAAAGUAACACCUGAAGAUGCUCCCCAGAUCUCGGAUCCUAUAAUGGCUGCGUUAUUACAGAUGUUAAGUACAGGUGGAAAGACAGGUGGGGUACAGGAAGAUGCUAUUUUAGCAGUUUCCAUUCUUAUAGAAGUUAUGGGAGAAGCUUUUGAGAAAUACGUGGAAGCAUUUAAACCUUUCCUUGCCGUAGGUCUUCAAAAUUACGCUGAAUAUCAGGUUUGUUUAGCAUCUGUUGGUGUUGUUGGUGAUUUAAGUCGAGCUUUAGGUUUAAAAAUAUUACCACUAUGUGAUGAUUUAAUGAGAGCCCUUUUAGUUAAUUUAGGUAAUGAAAGUGUACAUCGUGCUGUUAAACCUCAGAUUUUAUCUGUGUUUGGAGAUAUAGCAUUGGCCAUCGGACCAAACUUUAAAUCUUAUUUAGAAGUUGUACUCAGUACUUUACAACAAGCUUCUCAAGCACAAGUUGAUAAGACUGACUAUGAUAUGAUUGAUUAUUUAAAUGAGCUACGAGAAGGAUGUUUAGAAGCGUAUACGGGUAUAGUUCAAGGAUUGAAGGGCGACGGUGAACAGAAUAAUCCUGAUAUAACCCUGUUAUUGCCACAUGUACCUCACAUGGUAUCGUUUGUUGAACAUAUUUCCGUAGAUGAAGAUAAAAGUGACAGUAAUGUAUCGGCUUGCUGUGGUCUUAUAGGCGAUAUUUGUGCUGCUUUUGGACCCCAAGUAUUAGGAAUGGUGGAAAAGGAAUCGAUACAAAAUUUACUGACUAUUGGAAGAAGAUCUAAAACUCAUAAAACUAAAACAUUAGCCAACUGGGCUACCAAGGAAAUACGCAAGAUGAAAGCUACUUCAUGAUGUUCGAAUUGAAGAUUGGUCAUCGCCGAAAAGUGAUGAAACAAAACUUGUAAUUGGACUGACUUGUCAUCUGCGAAUCAAGUUGGUCCUCGUGCGUGAGAGAAAGUUGAGUGGAAGGAGGGAGAAAGUGGGAGUGAUUCAGUUUGCAGUGUCAAACCGGGGUCAACCAGGGGUUAAAGUUCACAGAACCUCUGGACCCCGACUUCCGAGAACUACAUCUCUUCCUGUAAGAAUUCCGUGGAAUUCUUCCUCGAGUUAAAACAAAAUGUCCGUCGUCUUUCGUGAAGUUAUAGACCAGUAAAGACAACAAGUUAUCCAGUGAAUUGUGAUAGACAUUUGUAUCCAGUGACAUGUUAUGAUCAUGUCAUCUUUCAUUUCAAGUGAGGUCGUGCCAUUGACGUCACAUUGAUAAUAAGUUAUUAUAUAUAAUAUGCAGAUUAUGAUUUCUUCUAUGCAGUGAUCAAAAUCAAUUUCACAUACAGAUAUUACCAAAGUUUCGAAAUUCUCACUAAAUUUAAACUCCUACGUUGAAAUAAAUUUUCAAAACUUUUCUAUAGCAGUUAAAUGCUAAUUCUUCAAAAUUCAAACUGAAUUCGACCACUGCACCUGCAAAGUGUCAUAAUCUGAAAACAGAAAGGUUAAUUAAUUUUUAAUAAAGAUUCUCAUUGACUUUGUAAAGUAGUUAUUAUAUUUGGUUGUUUUUCUUUUUUUGUUACUUAUGUUGUGUUGUUGCAGUAUUUAAAAUGCUCAAAACAAUUAGCUUUUUGUUAAAAACUUUAAAAAAGUGCUAACUAUAGAACUGAAUGAUGCUAGUUAUGGCUUGUACAGUUUCUGUAAAUCUACUGCUGUCAAGAUUUCAUCCCCUCUUAAAAUCUUUAUCUUUUUACAAAUUAUUAUUCUCAUAAUUUCAAACAAAGGCACAAAAAUCUUUUUUUCUUAUCCUGAUUUUGUUCAUCUUUUCAGUUGUUUUAAUGUGUAUCAUAUUAUUAUGCUAUAUUUAGUACAAGCGUGGAAAUAAUUAUUCUGAAAACCUCAUAACUGUAAAUGUAUUUUAAUGUUCUGGAUAAAAUUUUAGAAAGUGUAAAGCACUUGUAAAUCUUUUUGUCCACUUCACGAACCUACUCAAAUUACGAUUUUAGUUUAAGCUGUGUUUGUACUUAAAAUUAAUGAUUAAUUCUUGUCCACAUUCAUUGUAUGGAAGAGCUCUGAUGUCGGUAUUUAUUUGCUACAUGUAUGAAGAAUUAUUUCCAGACUUGUAAAUAAUAUGUUAGGUUUUUGUGCAAUUUGUAAAAAUAACCUUUAUUGUCAUCUCUUCUUCUUGAUCACCUCUAUCUAUAUUAGAUCGAUCAUCUAUCCAUAUUUGAUUGAUUAUAUUACAUCGAUCAUCUAUCCAUAUUUGAUUAUCUAUAUUAGAUCGAUCAUCUAUCCAUAUUUGAUUGAUUAUAUUAGAUUGAUCAUCUAUCCAUAUUUGAUUAUCUGUAUUAGAUCGAUAGUCUUGUCAAUUUUUGAUAAAUCAUCUAUCCAUAUUUGAUCGAACAUCUUUCCAUAUUGGAUUGGCUAUCUAUAUUUGAUCAAUCAUCCAUCCAUAUUUGAUCGAUAUACAAGAUAAAAAUAUAUAAAGAUAAUCAACCAAAUAUGGAUGGUUAUCGACCAAAUAUGGAUGGUUAUCAACCAAAUAUGGAUGGUUAUCAACCAAAUAUGGAUAGAUAAUUGACCAAAUAUGGAUAGAUAAUUGAGUAAAAAAAUAUUUUUGAUCGAUCAUCUAUCCAUCUCUAUAUUUUUGUCUGUCGUCUGUGAUAUGUUAUAGAAUAUAAUGAACUAUAUUCCCUGCCUUCUAUCAGAUAUUAUAUAUAACAGAAACAAAACCCAUUGUAAAUCUAACUCUUAAUAAAAAAAAAAAUAAUAAAAAAACACACACUGCAGAAUGUU